AGGGAGAGAGAGAGAGAGAGAGAGAGAGAGGGGGAAGGAUUGCUCCGUGCCGCACUCGAGCCUCAGUCUCCCUGGGAGACGGUACAGCGCUGGUCACGGCGUGCCAGAGCAGCAUCGAAAAAGCCCCCACAUCCCUGCAGCUGCACUCCACUCCAGCCUCCACCGGAGGAGCCGGGAGAGAGCCACAGAGAGCGAGAGAGGCUGAGAGAGAGUGAGAGAGAGAGAGAGAAAGUGCGAGAGAGAGAGAGAGAGGGAAGCGGAGAGGGAGACCCUGCUUCGGGGAUGCGGAGGGUCUGCAGGGGCAGCUGAGCACACGGACCCCCCGGCCCCUGCCACAGGGACGGCACACUGAGCGCCCUCGGGAGGGGACUCUAGCUUCUGCCCCUAGCGGAGGAUGAAGAAGCACUCAGCCAGAGUGGCUCCCCUCAGCUCCUACAGCACCCAGGUCCUGACCUGCCCCGUCUCCGAAGGAGAGGAGGGCUCAGACUCCCAAGCGGAGACGCCGGCGAGCGAGGCCAGCGGAGAGCGCUCGCAGUGCCAGUCGUGCGCCGGCGCGGUGCUCAAGGUCCUGGGCGGCCUGCUGGUGGUCCUGUUCGUCUCGUCCUCCUGGGUGGGCACCACGCAGGUGGUCCAGCUCACCUUCCAGUCCUUCUCCUGCCCCUUCUUCAUCACCUGGUUCAGCACCAACUGGAACAUCCUCUUCUUCCCCCUCUACUACUCGGGCCACCUGGUCACCACGCGGGAGAAGCAGACGCCCAUCCAGAAAAUCAGGGAGUGCAGCCGGAUAUUCGGGGAGGACGGGCUGACCCUCAAGCUGCUCCUGAAGCGGACGGCCCCCUUCUCCAUCCUGUGGACCCUCACCAACUACCUGUACCUGCUGGCCCUGCGCAAGCUCACCGCGACUGACGUCUCGGCCCUCUACUGCUGCCACAAGGCCUUCGUCUUCCUGCUGUCCUGGAUCGUGCUGAAGGACCGCUUCAUGGGCGUGCGGAUCGUGGCUGCGAUCAUGGCCAUCACGGGCAUCGUCAUGAUGGCCUAUGCUGACGGGUUCCAUGGCGACUCCAUCAUAGGCGUGGCCUUGGCCGUGGGCUCCGCCUCCACGUCAGCCCUCUAUAAGGUGCUCUUUAAGAUGUUCCUUGGCAGUGCCAACCUGGGUGAGGCAGCGCACUUCUUCUCCACUCUGGGCUUCUUCAACCUGAUCUUCAUCUCCUGCGUGCCCCUCAUCCUCUACUUCACUAAGGUGGAGCACUGGGGCUCACUGUCCACUCUGCCGUGGGGCUACCUAUGUGGGGUGGCUGGGCUCUGGCUGGCAUUCAACAUCCUGGUCAACGUGGGACUGGUACUGACUUACCCAAUCCUCAUCUCAAUCGGCACACUGCUCAGUGUGCCAGGCAACGCAGCGGUGGACGUGCUGAAGCACGAGGUGAUCUUCAGCGUGGUGCGCCUGGCCGCCACCUGCAUCAUCUGCCUGGGCUUCCUGCUGCUGCUGCUGCCCGAGGAGUGGGACUCGGUCACGCUGCGCUUCCUGGCCACGUUCGCCGACAAGAAGGCCGAGGAGCACGGCGAGGAGCUGACCGAGUCCAGCGGCCACACGCGCAGCCGGAGCCGAGCCAACGGCGCCGUGUCCAUCCCGCUGGCAUGACCCCUGACCCCUGACCCCGCCCCCCGACCCGUCCUCCCACCCGCGACCCCCCACCCCGUCCCCGACCCGCACGCCUUGCCCAUCCCCAGCCUUGGGGGCGGAGGUUAAGCAGGAAGCAGGAAGCAGGAAGUGCUGCUGGGAAAGUGAAAUGCAGAAUAAAAGCUGUGAGAAAUCUGCAGCCACUUCCUUCGAGGACCUUCAGAGACCUCCGAGUGAGCCGCGAGAACUUGUCGACCUGAUUCCACCGAAGGGAAGGCAGCGUUUUAUUUGAAAUACCUUCUGGCCACACCCGACCCUCCCUUCGCACGACCUCUCCCUCUCCGCACCCCUGACCCCACCCUCUCCCCCCACCCCUCCCUCAUCCUGCACUCAAACUGUAUUCUGUGAAUAUAAGCAUUGACUGGGCCGGUAUGGCUCAAUCUUAUCUGUAUUAAUUGAACGCAUUCAGAAAAAUAUAUCAAUAGGGAACAGAGACUAUUUAAAAAAAUGUCUUAAUAGUAUUAUAUACAGGAAUGGUUGUAAAAUAUUCUAUGCUUAAUAGACAUUUCUUUUUCUUAAUAAAAGGACAAUUCAGGAAUUCCAUUAAGGCAAUUCUUGCGUCAUUUUACAUUGAUCUGUGUUGACACAUCCCAGCUGGUCUUUAUUGUUUCCCUGCCCAGUGUCUUCCUUCCACAGUAAUGACAAACCGCUAAUCAUAGGACUCAUUCAGCUGCACAGUCGCAACAUGAAACUAAUGCAAACUUCAGAAAACGCAAUUAGUCAGUUGUGACUCCCUACCCUCCACGCUUAUACAAAGCAAUGCCCUCCUCUUGAAGUGGCCCAUUAGCAGUCAUUGCGUGUUAGCACCGAUGCAGUGUGAGUGGGUCCUCUGGGCA